UUGAUGAAACUCUUUGCUCCGUUGCCUUAUCAACAUUAAGGAAAUGUAUGACGAGCUUGUACCGCCUCCUCAAAUGAAAGACAAGCUGAGGAAGCUCAAUGACAUUCCGGGGGCGCUCCUCAAGCAACUGAUCAAUUUCCUUGCUUCCUUCCAACUAGCGACGCUGGUGUUCGAGAGGUACAAGCAUCCGACUCUUCAUAAGGUCGUGUAGUGGCGCCAUGUGAUCAUGAAUCACCUUCAGCUGAUCUUGAACGAUGUGGUGGACGAGAAUGGUAUUGUGACUACGGCCGAAGAAUCCGACUCAAUCAAGGACAUCAUGCUUCCCCUCUUGUACAGAAAGUUUGUCCUUGACGAUAUUCAAGUUAUGGCCGAAGAAUCCGACUCAAUCAAGGCAAUCAAGGGCAUCAUGCUUCCCCUCUUGUACAGAAAGUUUGUCCUUGACGAUAUUCAAGUUAUGGCGUCAUUGCUAGAUCGGAUCAUGAAAUUCUGUCUUGUAGGUCUUGGUGUUGAUCGCAACCAGAUCGAACAAGCCAAGAGUAAGCUCAAGAAUGCAAUGAUGAAGUACACGCUCUUGAAAAACAAAGAAGAAGACGUUUUGACUCUUCAAUCCCAUGUCAGAAAGAAGUCACUCUCGUUGAUUUUGAUGUACGAUAACACAUGACGAGGAAAGGCAAUGAGGACGAUGAGAAAGGCAACGUUUUUCCUGCUGGAGGUCACUACAUUUUAGCUGCACUCAACGCAAGAGUAGACAAGGAGUACGAGGUGCACAUGAAACACAACGUAACUGAUGGAAAGAUGAAGCAAGGCGUUGAAACUGAAAUUAGUGAUGAAUUCCACGUUUUGUCGUGGUGUAGACGCAAGGGCAAGCAAAUGUUUCCGAUAUUGGCACGAGUCGUGCAAUCUACUCUGUGCAUCCCGGCCUCUAGUGCCAUGUCCGAAAACAAUUUCUUGGACGCUGGCAACAUCCUGACCAAGAAAUGCAAUCGCCUGAAGCCCCGAACUGUAAACAAUCUCAUGUUUCUGCGCUCUAGUAUAUUGAAUUACGAGAUUGUAAAGCCAUGAGCAACACAAGCUAUUUGGAGCUGGUGAUGGCAAGUUCGUACUGCAUUUCUUCCUUUGGCUUAUGAUCUUAAGUUCACACGGUUGUUUUCCAUAUCAGAUUGUCCACUUUAUCAGAUGUCGUGCUUGUUGUUUUCCAUAUCAGACUAUCAACUUUAUC